CUUUGACGCGGCGGAGGGGGCGGGCGGCGCGCCGCCAUCUUUGGCCAGUGCGGCGGCGGGCGGCCGUGGGGAAGCAGGAGGAGGAGUCGGGCGCGCUGCAGCCGGCCUGACCAUGGACGAGGAGUACGACGUGAUCGUGCUGGGCACCGGCCUCACCGAAUGCAUCCUGUCGGGGAUCAUGUCAGUGAACGGCAAGAAGGUAUUGCAUAUGGACCGGAACCCGUACUACGGGGGCGAGAGCUCCUCCAUUACACCCCUGGAAGAGUUGUAUAAGCGCUUUCAGUUGCUGGAGGGCCCCCCUGAGGCCAUGGGCCGGGGUCGAGACUGGAACGUCGAUCUGAUCCCCAAGUUCCUCAUGGCCAAUGGGCAACUGGUGAAGAUGCUGCUGUACACGGAGGUGACCCGCUACCUGGACUUCAAGGUGGUGGAGGGGAGCUUCGUCUACAAGGGGGGCAAGAUUUACAAAGUGCCGUCCACCGAAACUGAAGCCUUGGCAUCCAAUCUGAUGGGCAUGUUCGAGAAAAGACGCUUCCGCAAGUUCCUGGUGUUUGUGGCAAACUUUGAUGAAAACGACCCCAAGACCUUUGAGGGUGUCGACCCCCAGAACACCAGCAUGCGAGAUGUCUACCGGAAGUUUGACCUGGGCCAGGAUGUCAUUGACUUCACUGGCCACGCCCUGGCGCUCUACCGCACGGAUGAGUACCUGGACCAGCCCUGUCUUGAAACCAUCAACCGCAUCAAGCUGUACAGUGAGUCGCUGGCCCGGUAUGGCAAGAGCCCGUAUUUGUACCCGCUCUAUGGCCUUGGCGAGCUGCCUCAGGGCUUUGCAAGGUUGAGUGCCAUCUAUGGGGGGACAUACAUGCUGAAUAAGCCUGUGGAUGACAUCAUCAUGGAGAACGGCAAAGUGGUGGGAGUGAAGUCGGAGGGAGAGAUCGCGCGCUGCAAGCAGCUCAUCUGCGACCCCAGCUACAUCCCGGACCGUGUGCGGAAAGCGGGCCAGGUCAUCCGGAUCAUCUGUAUCCUCAGCCACCCUAUCAAGAACACCAACGACGCCAACUCCUGCCAGAUCAUCAUCCCCCAGAACCAGCUCAACCGGAAGUCAGACAUCUACGUAUGCAUGAUCUCCUAUGCACACAACGUGGCCGCGCAGGGCAAGUACAUCGCCAUUGCCAGCACCACGGUGGAGACCUCAGAACCCGAGAAGGAGGUGGAGCCCGCCCUCGAGCUGCUGGAGCCCAUUGACCAGAAGUUCGUGGCCAUCAGUGACUUGUUCGAGCCCAUUGACGAUGGUUCCGAGAGCCAGGUGUUCUGUUCCUGCUCAUACGAUGCCACCACACACUUCGAGACAACCUGCAACGACAUCAAAGACAUCUACAAGCGCAUGGCCGGGUCCGCCUUCGACUUUGAGAACAUGAAGCGCAAACAGAAUGAUGUCUUUGGAGAAGCUGACCAGUGAUUGCUGACCAACCCCCAAGCACCCCAGUCUCUCCUCGAGGGUGCCCCUGUUUCCAGCACCCUCUGCUUCCCCAACUGCAUUCCUGUUGCCCACCUCAUUGAUCCACUGACCAAACCCUUAACCUUAGCUAUGGUUUGGGAGAUUGGGGGGCGGGUAGCAUCUUCUUUCUUGGCCCUUCCUUACCCUGGGGGAAAAGGGUUCUCCUCCCUGUGUGUUUGUCUCUCCCCCCACCCUGGAAUCUUCUGCUCCGUUUGGAAAGAAUGUGGAGGAAAAGCUGAUUUCUGUCCCCUGCCGCUGUGACCCCCCCACUCUAGUGGCCUUUGGAGAUGCCCCUGCCUCCCCCUGCCAACUCCCUCGUGUGUUGGAGAAGGGGCCCUCCCAGCACAAAGUUGCAUCCCCCCUUCCCCGUAAUUUAUUCUAAUUUAUUAACUUCCGCCCACCCCAGACUGAGUGGAGCCCCUCACCUAGGUGGGCCUUGUGUGGAGCUGUAGAGCCUGAGGGACAGAGAGGGCUGGGGUGCGGCCCCCCCCAGCUUGAUCUUGCCGUUUCUGUUUUCGUCUUUGUGUUUGUGUCCUCCUGUACUUGCCAGUUAAGAAAUGGGAGCAAAACAGAAGGCGGUGGGAACACAGAUCCACCCUUUCCUUUAGUGCUGGGAACCCCCUAACUUGCAAAGUGAAUGUGUCCCUUCCCCAACCUCUAGUGUAUUUCACAGCAAACCAUCUCCCAAUAAAGAACUCUUCCAACCUGA